GAAGUGAACUUAUAGUUUCCAGCAGGUUUGCUGUGUGUUUGGACGAAGAUGCUAGUUAGGAAAUGACAGCUAAUGCUGUCUGGUGUCGUCCAGGCGCUGACUGACUGACCGAUGCCUUCAUCAUGAUGCAGAGCUGCAGCGCUCUGGUCGUCCUCCUCCUGCUGUCCCAGGCCAGAGGCUUCCUUGGCCCCUCCGAGGACGACGACGACGUCCCCGAAGAGUGGACGCUGCUCCAUGUGGUCCAGGGCCACAUCGGGGCCGGAAACUACAGCUACCUGCGCCUCAACCACGACGGCCGAAUCAUCCUGCACAUGCAGAGUCUCAAGGGCGACGCAGACCUCUACGUGUCGGACAAAACCCUGCGGCCGAGCUUCGACACCUACAAGCUGCAGUCGGUCACCUGCGGCCACGACGUGGUGGUGGUGCCGGGGGACUUCGCCAGGCCCGUGGGCAUCGGCAUCUACGGCCACCCGUCCCACAAGGAGAGCGAGUUUGAAAUGCGGGUGUUCUACGAUCCGACGGUGUCCCAGGAGCUGUUCGAUGAGGGCUACACGUCAGAAGAUGGACACAAGAAAAAGAAAUCCCCUCAGGCAUCGGAGGAGGACUUUCAGGAAGAGGAGUCGAUCUUUUGGACAAUUCUAAUCGGACUGUUGAAGAUUGUACUCGAGAUUUUGUUUUGAAAAAUGGUUUCCUGCGUUGCUGCUGUGACACGAGGAGGAGAUUCUUUGCUCAGUCAGCAUUGAUACGAUUGGAGAAGAUGAUUUUCUUUCAUUCUGUAGAGAUGAGAAAAUGUGGCACAAAAAACUCAUUUUAACAAAUUCUUUUCUUUUUCUUGUGAUCAAACUGCGUAACGGAUGAAAUCAGUCUUAAAACUUGUGGAUGGAUUAUUUGCUGAGUUCACCGGUGAAGCCUGACCGUAUGUUUGGUGAUGAGCAAAUGAACAAAAGCCUGUUGGGUGCAGCACAUUCUGCUUUUGGUGUCGUCUCGUACAACCAGACAGAUUUAAAGCGUGUUAAGCUGAAACACGGGCUCGUGUUAAUUCAUGGCCUUGAUUUGGGCCUUUUGUGGUUUUUCUUAAUUGAACUGCAGUUCAACCAAAAGCGCAAGAGUUUAAAUAUUUCAUACAAAACACACAUGCAGUAUGUAAGAGUUAUUGGUUACUUUUAUACGCUCCUCUCCAUACUGGUCGUGAAGGAACCUCUACUGACAGAACCCACAGUCCUGGUUAAGUCCCGGUGAUGCUCCCAAAUGGGAUAAAAAGCCUGCCGUCAUUUCUUCCUCCUGAUCGCACCGCCUCUCCGGUUGCUCUCCAAGAACUCUGUGUUUUCCGUGUCUUGAUACGAUGACUCGUGUCACCGAGGGUAUCGACAGACUCUCCUCGAAGGUGUUUCAUUCGGUUGAUCGCACACAAAAAACCACAGAAGUCGCUGUGUGAAGUAUUUAAAAAUACUUCUUAAUUAGAGUUCAAAUUCUGCCUAUUUUCUAACCUCCAAUCCUUGUUUUUUUGUUUUUUAGAAGAAGAAGAAGAAGUGUUGGUGGUUGUCGGAUUGUGUAUUUAAGAAAAAGAAUAGUUUGAUGCAUCAGAAAGGGAACUUCAGGCGCAUUUUGACAAACAGACUUCGUUUUGAGGUUUGCAUCUUUUCCUGUGUUUUGUAGAAAAAGCAGUUUUAUUUUUGGUCCACUGUGUCGAUCCUCCUGUACUGGUCUCCUCAUCGGGGUCUCGUAGAUGUUGUGAGGAGGUCAUCCAAACCAAUCCUCCUGACUUCAGCAUAAAUCUUCAAAUUAAGAGUUGGAUUCAAACAGCGGUGACUAACUCUCACCUCUCGGCCUGUGAAUGAAUGAAACCGCUUGUCUUAACUUAAAUAGAAGAUCCACACACUACUUAGCAAUACAGUCAUUGUCGGCCAUCUUUGAAGAUAAACAUGAGGUUUCCUACUGGUUUCUCUCUCUCUCUCUGUCUCUGUCUCUCUGUCUCUGUCUCUCUGUCUCUGUCUCUGUCUCUCUGUGUGUGUGAGAGAGAGAGAGAGAGAGAGAGGUUUCAUGUUAUUGAACAUAAAGGAAGGUUGUAACGGUAAACAGCUGUUAGUAAUGUGUCUCUGAGGAAGUUGGUGAGAUGCUGAAAAUGUUGUCAUGAUUCUUAUUUUCGACAUUAAAUGUGAUCAUGUGGGUUCACUGGGACAGAUGGCUCCCAGCCUGUUGACAUGAGUAGCAGCAUUUCAUUUGAUCGGUCACUGUUCUUCU